AGCGAGCGCGAUUCAAAACAGCUGCCGUUCGUCCGGUCCGCACCGAGGCCACCGAGUGCCUGCAGGACGCUGUUCAACACCAGAGUGACUACAUUUGACGACAGCGUAUCACUGGGCUUGUUAUUUUGUUUAUAAUUUCCCUCAGAAUACGAUAAUUUUGAGCCUCUGGUACGAUAAUCCCGCAUUUCCCAGCUGGAAACACCGGGGAUGGCUGCUUCGCUUUGACCGGCUGUGGCCUGUUUUCCGUCCCGCCCUGCAUGUGCGCCCUGAAAGACGGCAGGAAGUGGAGGACCGAGUUUGGAAAGAUGUCUGAACUCUGCGAGCUGAGAUCGCAGGAGAUGCGGCAACAAACUGCAGCCAUCGAGGAGAGGCUCUCUCUGCUGGAGAAGAUGCUGGCCGAGUACAAGCUGCAAAACUCUCGCCUGAAGCUGAAGGUGGAGAGGCAGCAGAGGCUCCUGGACGCCAUCUUGCUGCCGGAGGUGCGACUGCACAGAGUAGUGUGUAAAGAGGAGGUUCCCCCUGAGCAGCAGGAGCCGACCCCCAGUCUGGAGCCAGAGCCCCGACACAUUAAAGAGGAACAAGAGGAACUCUGGACCAAUCAGCAGGGAGAGCAGCCUCAGGAUAUCACCAAGCUGCUGUUCACUGUUGUCACCGUGAAGAGUGAGGAUGAUGAAGAGGAAGCUCAGUGGAACAGAGGCGUCCGCCGCUCCACUGGCCAGAUGAAAGCAGAAGAUGGUGGCGUCCCUCUCAGUCAUGACAGACCUGAUGUUGGAGAGAAACCAGCUUCCUGCUCCAAGACCGAGAACACAGGAAAGAGUACAUUCCCCUGCUCCAUCUGUGGUUGUGGUUUUGCACGGAAAGGAAGCCUCAAGCUACACAUGGGAAUCCACACUGGAGAGAAACCAUUCCCCUGCUCCAUCUGUGGUUGUGGUUUUUCACGGAAAGAAAGCCUCAAGCUACACAUGGGAAUCCACACUGAGGAGAAAGCAGUCACCUGCUCUGUAUGUGGGAGAGGUUUUACACGAAAAGAACACCUCAAGUGUCACAUGAGAAUCCACACUGGAGAGAAACCAUUUGUCUGCUCCGUUUGUGGUAAAGCGUUUGCAGAGAAAGGACACCUCAACAGACACGUAAGAAUCCACACUGGAGAGAAACCAUUUGCCUGCUCCAUCUGUGGUAAAGGUUUUACUGAGAAAGGAACUGUCAACAGACACAUGAAAAUCCACACUGGAGAGAAACCAUGUGUCUGCUACGUCUGUGGUAAAGGUUUUUCACUGAUAGGAAACCUCAAGCGACACAUGGGAGUCCACACUGGAGAGAACCUGUAGAGGCGCAGUCCUUCGUGUGUGUGUGUGGGAGAAGCUUCAUCAAGCACCAUACAGAUUUAAGCAAACACGAGUGUGUCGGUGAGAUCAGUGCCUGUUUACUCAAUAAAUUGUUUCAUGUGCAAAUGCAGACAGUGUGUGUGGCUGCUUUUUCUUUUAUUUUUGUGCUUUCUUAAGCACCAGUCACCUAAAGUUGACUCUUGGAAAGAGUUUUUAUAUCUUUGGUCAACCAUGGUUUACACAGUUUAGCACUGACCAUGGUACAAUAUUUGUCACUGGGAAGACAAUUUCAACAUUUCUGGAAAUUGUUUUCAUGAAUAAAAUUUAAUGGGCACUGUAGAGGCGACUAUCUGAAAAAGCAAAAAUAGUCGCCAAGAGUCUAAGCAGGGGAGAAAACUUUACCUGCCGGUUGC